AUGUCCAAGGCCAAAUUCACUGCGCUGCUGGGGCUGGUGGAGUCGGAGGACGAGGAUUCAGACAUUUUACUCAGCCAUCCACUUGCGCAGACCAAGAAAACCGAGAAGAUGCCUACAAUCAAGAAAGGACGAGGCGCCGCUGUCAGCCGAGCCACUAAGCCUGCCCAGAAUGCGACACGAACAAGUACUAGGGCAGCAGCUACAACGAUGGAAAGAAAGGCAUUGGCCGAGAAGCCGAGCAAUGCCAAACCGAAAGCUACAGCAGGGAGAGGAAAGAAAAGGCCAGCUACGGAGGACGUAGAUGAGGUGGACGAUCCUGAUCAUGAUGGGACCACGGUUGAACCCGAGGCAAAGGCAAAACCCGCCCGAGGGCGUCCGCGCACUGCGAAGACGGCAAAAAUAGAAGAAGAAGCAAAGGAUCCAGAACUUGAAGCACCAGAAGCUGCCCCACAAGCUAAGAGAGGUCGAAAGCCGAAGGCUCGGGUCGCAACACCUCCCGUCGAGCAUGAGAUUGCGGAAACGCAGCAGCCCGAGUUAGAAAUCCCAGAGAGCCAACCGGCCAACUUGCUGGAAGACAGUAUUGAAGACGACCAAGUUGAGGAUCUGCCCCCGUAUGAUCGCGCUGCCUUGUCCUCUGCACAAUGCUCAUCCUCUGCGAAACACCCACAACACCAUGCAGUUCCCUUCAGUGCCAUUCGCCGACCAAUGGCUGCCUCUGAUUCCGAGCUCAACGAUCCCUCGUUGCGUCGUCGCAUCGGCGAUCUAACGCGCAAGUACGAUAAUCUUGAGACCAAGUACAAAGACUUGCGGGAAAUUGGCGUUAAGGAGGCAGAGCGCAACUACGACAGACUCAAGCAACAAGGAGAGGAGAGAGCAGAGACUGCCAACCAGUUGAUUACGACCCUGAAAGCUCAGCUUGCUGCUCAGACUGAACUCGCCAAGGAUAGCCAGCGACUGAGAAAGCAGCUCGAGAUGAGUGAAAAAGAUAUGACCGAGUUGCAAGACAAGAUCACUGAGAUGACAAACUCACUAGCUGAGACUAAGAAAGAGAACAAGACUUUGUCGACGAGACUUGCUGCAUCUCGUGCAGCGGAAGCAGCUAACGUCAAAGUUCCCAGUAGCGCCAUCAAGGGCAACAUGGGCAACAACCGAAUGCUCGCUAACGCCGAGGCGGCUGUUCAAACAGCUCAAAUGAAAGAAGAUCUCUACGGAGACUUAACCGGACUGAUGAUCCGCAAUGUCAAAAGAGAGAACGAUGAAGAAGUGUAUGACUGCAUCCAGACGGGCAGAAACGGAACUCUUCAUUUCAAGCUUUCUAUCGGAACGGACAACACCUCCGGCAACAUCGACGAGGUUCAGUUCAUGUACAUGCCUCAAUUGGACCCUAACAGGGAUCGAGCUCUCAUCGACGUGUUGCCUGACUAUCUCGUCGAGGAAAUCACUUUUCCAAGGCCACACGCGGCCAAGUUCUUUGCGAGAGUUAUGAAGUGUAUGGCAGAGAGGCCGGAGUAG